AUGGGCGAAGAAGAGCCUGCGCGUCGAGUAUUGUCGACUGCAGAGAAGCGAGAAAUGCGUCGCGCCCGCAUAUUACAAGGAAGUAAAAGUCGUCUGAAGCUUUUGGAAGGUCAUAUUGCAACGCUCAAGACGCCAAGCGACGAGUCGAGCGUGACAUCUCUAGAGACGCAGCUGGACGAAGGCGUCGAGGAGCUCCUAGCGCAUAACUUGGACGUAAAGACUUCUCAGCCAAUCACAGAGAAGAAGACGGAGCUUGAGAUCCCAAAGCGUGUUGAUCCAGCACAGAGACGUCGAGAUGCUGCUGUCAGACGUCGUAGAAAGGAGAAGAUAGUGCAGGAGAUCCUUGGCCACAAGACGGAAGAGGUCGCCGCUCUCCAGACUUCACAGGAUACUGUAGCAUUGCAUUCAAAGGAGGCAUUACCAGCAGCUGUUGCAGAACCGACGUUUAGUCGUCGUUUGACAGCGUUAAAGCUUUGCUCACUUGAGGAGAAGCUCGUGCUGCUGCUCAUUGUAGCGGCGGCUGUUUAUGCUGCUGUGUCCAUGGACUUGAGCUCUAUCACAGCAACUUUAGUUGCUGACGACUAUUUAUUCGUGGAGUAUCAGAAUCUUGUUGCUAAGGGGGUCCCUAUGGACUCCAUUUGGCAACAACUUGAACGGGAACAGGUGCUGCCUGAGAUUAGAGAGAAGCUGGAGCUUUUACUGAUGCAGCAAUCGAAGAUGGAGACAGUAGGCACGUCAGCAACGACGAGUGGAGGUGGAUGGCUGCCUGAUAUUGUGGAUGUAGGAUUUUACUUCUCGUCGCUGGUGUCACAUCCGCCUAUUGUGUUCUGUGUGUUUCUGGUGAGACUAUUGGUGUCCGCCGGGGCAAAGUUUGUCCAAAAGGCGCUGGAUUUGCCAGACGUGAAGAAUUCUCAGGAGGGAGAUCUGGGCUUCUUGGUCAAUCUGGCACUGUCUAGUCGCCCGGUGCUGAAAGAGUGCCUGGUGGUAGGUCGUAAGGCGUUAGAUGACGUAUUCGUUUUCAUCUUUACGCUUGUGGUGCUUGUUGCCAUCCGCGCCAUCUGGUUCAGUUAG